UCCUGCUUUCUGUGUGUCCACCAGAACUGUCUGAGGAGGAGGGAUGCCGGUCUCAUCAGUCAGCUGCAGGAGCUGGACCGACAGAUUAGUGACCUGCGAUUGGACACCGAGGAGUCAAAUGACCAGCUGGAGACUGACAGCCGACCCAGCUCAGGUUUCUAUGAGUUGAGUGACGGGGCGUCCGGCUCUCUCUCUAACUCGUCUAACUCGGUCUUCAGUGAGUGUUUCUGUUCGAUGGCUGAUGCUGACGGACGCCUCCUGACUGCAGACGAGCUGGCCGGCUGUUUGGAGUGUGACGGUUUGGUUGGAGGACUUUGUGAUGACUCGUCUUGCUCUGGUACAGUGCGCCGCUCGCUCUCUGCUCCUCACCCGCCCACCCUGGACCCCGUCUCCUCGGUGGACUCCUGUGACCUGGCCUCUAAGUACCAUGUUGACCUGGUGGCCCGAAACGGCAGCGACGUUUACCGCUACCCCAGCCCGCUGCACGCCGUGGCUGUCCAGAGCCCCGUCUUCCUGCAUAUGUUGGGUCACAGCAGAGACGACGGGCUUCUUAAAAGCGCUGAGGCUGGUGUCGAAGGACUCAGACUAGAAUCUUCCUCCCUUUCAACUCCUCUUGUACCUCAGAGCUCCUCUUGGCCGGUUCCCUCUUCCUCCCAAACUCCCUCCCUUAAGCGCCUGGACCACUACAUCUACAGUCUGCUGCAGCGGAGGGCCCUGCCCGUCAGGACCAGCAGACCCAGGACCAGCAUCAGCACCGACCCGUCAAAGAGCAUCCUGAGGCAGGCCAGUCUCUGUGUAAGGCAAGUGUCUGGGCCGGGUUUUGGGACUCUGAGGGGGUCUGAACUCAAACCCACCUGGCCAGCUGGAGGAGCUUUAGCAGAAGGUGCCGCCACCUCGUCUCCUCAGAGGCAGUGGUCUGUGGAAAGUAAAUCUGAGGACCAGGAGACCCAAAAUGUUUUCCCUGAUCGCAGUGUUGACACAAUGCAGAAUGGCUUCAAGAUCAACAGCAGUGAUUUGGCACAAAACCAGACCAGCUCUCCUCUUUGUAAUGGCAUCCAAAAUGGCUCUUCUCUCACUAACAAGGAUAUUAACACAGGCACUAACAGUCUGCUGAUAAAGAACGCAAAAAGGUCCACAGCUGCUCUGUCUAAAGACUUCAGGGAGCUGGACAGUCCCAAAGCUAACUCUUCCCCCAAAGAGACCAAUCAGCCAUGUUACCCUCCAGACCAGGAACUGCACCUCAAAUCACCACCAACUGUACACACACUCCCAGCUAGCAGCCCUAAGCCGCUCCAAACUGGCCAGACAGAUCAGGGGGAUGCGUCAGUGCUGGAGACAGCCAGUCUAGGGUCUUCCUCCCUGAGUCAGGACGAAGCAGCAGAAGGAGCGGGGAGUCACAUGGUUAAUGCCAAGUACAUCCCUGCCCAGCGGCAGAACGUCAAACCCCGCAAGGGUGGCAGCAAGACCGUCAAGACCGUCAAGGUGAAGGCCACCGGCACGAUGACGAAGAUGAGUCGGGCCCCCGAACACAAUGAGCCUCUGUCAGAGAGAAGAGGCGAUAAAUCCCACCACAGGUCCAGUUCUAAAAAGUCUCGACUACUGGAAGAUGGAGGCUCCAUCCACAUUAAAGUCUCCAAGAGAGCGGCGGGUGGUGGCAGCGCGCAUGGCGUGUCCUCCUCCAGAAUCAAAAGCCUCCCUGCAUCCAUCCCAGAAGGCCAAGUUCUGGACAAACACGCCACACCAACACUAAGCAGUGUGCGGUCAGGUGCGUCCAGGCACCACCACCAUGGAAACCACCCCCACUGCAGUGGUAGCCACCACCAUCAUGGCCACCACCAUCAUCAUCACCACCACCAUCACCACGGACGUGACCAGGUCGUGGUUGUCGCCAAGCCAAAGUACAAACGAAAUGAUUACCGCCGGUUACGUGCGAUCAUGGAGGUACCGUACGAUGAGGCGUUCAGGCGCGCUCAGCGGCGUCAGAGGAAGGAGCUGCUGAGCCACUGUACAGCCAACCUGGGCCUCCCGGCUGACGGGCAGCUGAGCAGCCCUUAUUCCUACGUGGCAGGAAGUGACUCGGAGUAUUCAGCCGAGUGUGCCUCGCUCUUUCACUCCACCAUCGUGGACACCAGUGAGGACGAGAGGUCCAACUACACCACAAACUGCUUUGGAGACAGUGAGUCCAGUGAGGAGGAGUAUGUGGAGGAGAGCACCACCACGAGUGAUACUGAGGAGAGUGGAGGAGGCGGGGCUGGGGGCGGGACAGGUGGAAUGGACAGGGGGUGGAGCCAGGGGCAGGAAAUGACUCCAGCUCAGACGAAGGCCUUCGUCAAGAUCAAGGCCUCUCACAACCUGAAGAAGAAGAUCCUCAGGUUCAGGUCUGGUUCUCUCAAACUCAUGACCACCGUGUGAGCGGGAGGCGGGCAAAUGUCUUGGCCGCGCCCGGACCAGAGCCAUAUCAGUGAGGGUGCCUUACCCGUGCACUUCUAGUGUACCUGAACCGAACCCAACCACCUAAUGGAAAAGCAGACAGUAGAACGGAAGCUGCAGGGUACAAAACACUUUUCUACACGAACAUUUAAACCAACGCCAAGCCUCUUUAGCCUGACAGCAAAGCCAAACCAUCUUUGUAAAAGCAUGUGUGACAUUUUUCCUGGCUGAUCCCCGACGAGAAAACAAAUGGGUUUUUUACCAUUUCAUCAUAUCCUGUCCUACUCUUUAGGUUCUUCAAACACAAAAAGGGAACAAGUGUACACCUUCGUGGUCAGUAACCUUGUAACAGUGCUCAGAUGUUGAUUAGCAACCAUAUUAUCAACUUCCUGUAUCUAAAUUUACCAUCCUGUGGAUUCUGUGGGGUUUUGAGGACACAACUUAAAAGUGGUUUAAUAGCUUGUAAGAAAGCCACACUGCAUACACAGCACUGGGCUGUUCACAUGGACUCCACCAAACAUCUGAAGGCGAGAACUCAUACGUUGCUAUCUUUAAUCCCAGGUCAGGAUUUUAAACAAAUCAACACGGCUGCCCAACAGUAAACAAGUGUGCACACUUUAAUGACAUAACUCAGUGGUUGUCCACAUGGAGCAAAUUUUAUCUCUGUGCAAGUUUCUGGUCUUUACAAGCAGCCAAUGAAAUAAGCCUCCAACUUUCUGCGUUCAGGACAAAAGCCAAUCAAACUGAGCUCCUUCACCAGACUGUUCUCAUUGCCAGGGCGUCGACUAUUUGACGCACAAGGUGCCCUUCAGCGUCCGAACGAGACGCCCGGUCCUUUAAUGGAACUGAUCCGCGUCACGUGAAGUUACAUAUCCAAGUUUGGUGCCUCAACCUAAACAAACUGCGACCAUUUCACAGCGUUAACCACAUCUCAAAAAGGCGUUUCGUACGGACGCUGGAGGGCACCUCGUGCGUCAAAUCAGAGUCGUAUUUACUCCCUCAUAUUGGAACAUGUUGCCUUUACUUCCCUUUCUCUUUUCUGCCCCAACAAGUGCCUCAGUCAACUUAAACCUGGCUGUUAGUAAGACCUGAGAGGAGAAACCAAGGUCUCUGUCUGCUUCAGACUAAGUAGUUGGUACGACGUGUAGUGCGUCCACGUCUGCAGUUGCUACAUGUUGCGAGGGUCCCCACUUGAAGGCGGAGAGAAAGGCCUGGCGUUACAGGCUGCCUCCCAGAUCUCUCUCCAACAACUUGAGGCCAUGUAUUGUACAAAUGGGGAGCGGAAUUUCAGACAGUCUCUCCUUAGAGACUUUCAUGGUGUUGACCUCAGUUGUUCAGUGACAGAAAUAGUUGACCGACUGCACACAGUGGGCAUGAUGUAGGAACCUGGAAGGGGGUUUAGUUUGAAGCAAACUGAUGCCUUUAGUGUCCCUAUUGGACCGUGUUCUUUGGUAGAAGUAGGGCUUCAGUCAGGUUCUUUAGAGAGUUGUUUGGAAAGUUCUUCAGGUGGUUCCUCAGAUAUCUCCAGAGGGUUCUUCAGAAGGUUGUCCAGAAGGUUCUUUAUAUGUUGGGUUGAGGGUUUAGGUUGUCAUCUUGCUGCAGUAAUCUCCUUAUUUCCUGCACUUUGAGACAAGCUGUCAGUGGACAGGACGGACGCUGUAACCCUGUUCGUUUGUUAUUUGUAUGUAGCCAUGUUUUGUAUUUAUUGUCACAUGAACUUUGCCCUUCGUUGUAGCGCACCGACACGGCACGCCAAACAUCUGUAAAUGCUUCUCUUUUUAUUCGACGGUCCUGAUUGAAGUUGCUAUUUUUUGAUGAAAGCUAUUUAAAACCUAAUAUAUUUGCUUGGUACAUAUUGGAUACACACACGGUACUGCCUGACAGCGGGUCGAGGUGGAUCCGCUGCAGUUUAGGAAACAUUUAUACACAAAGUCUGAUUUGUCUUUCUGAACACUUCCACCAUUGUUGCCAUUAUAACCUACUUACACAGUAUUUAGGUGUUUGGGUGCAAACUAGACGGUUUUUAGAGGUUUUUAUUGUGACUGUACGUGAGUUUUGGUGAUUUUCCUGCUUUCAGUUCAGUAAAAUUAUACAAAUUCAGCUGAAUCAUCCAGAUGGUUUUCUUAGAUUUGAAACAAAAUGGAUGCCUUGGAGAUACACGGUGACCAGCUCAAGACUUUGUUGGAGUUUGCAGGAAUCUGUUUUAACUGAUUGUAUUAAUCUAUUCUGGAUCUGACACGUUCCAGAUAUAAAUAGCUCCCUCAAAGCCUUAAAAAGCCUCAGCAGGCUUCUUUUCCGCGGUCACAUGCUGUCUUUGCUCUAUUUUGAGUUUCUGAUGACUCUGUGAUUUUUUCUGGUUUUUAUUUUAAACUUCAGUGUAAGUGUGUAACAGCCAAAAACCUUCAACCAGACGUAAAACGUGACUCCUCCAGGGUUUCUGCAUCACUCUGAUCCGACGGUGCCACUUUUACUCCUGUAAAUAAUCAUAAAUGCAACUGUAAACUGUUUCUGAUGUGUGUGUGUAUAUAAUGUCUGUGUAUGCCAAGACUGGUGCUUAACCUUUUUAUGCUUCAUUAAAUGUGGACUUUAA